AGCUAAUGUGUGCAAUGUUAAAGCUACCUGCUGCAGCACUUGUCAGGAAAAAAGGAAUUGCUGUCACUAACUUACUAAUGUUGGUCAUCUGAACAGAUCGCUGAAGCUAGUAGACGUACUCGUUUGUUAACAUUAGCUUAAGCUUUAGCAAGCGAAACAAAGUAGCUGGCCAGCUAGUGACGUGUAUUUUGAAACGAGUUCAGGAAAGACUCCAUCGUACCGUGCUGUUUUUAUUGAACUUCCAGGAAAAGUAGCUCUUCGGCUUCAGAAUCGAUGUUGUAUAAGCUGCUUUGAGGAGCAGCAGCUCAUACCUCAUGGACACACCGGCGCCCCCCUGAGGCCAGACAUGACCUUCACCCCUCAAAGACCCAGUAAACUGCCAAAUACUGCCCCUACCCAACUGCUCUGGAGUGCUAGUUUACCUCGAUAGUCCUGUGUUUCAGUCCCUCUCCCCGGAAGCUGGAGUUGUGUCUCUGUGCUCAGUCUCAGGUGAGAUGGACGAGGUGGACACCCUCAGAAUCAAGCGCCUUUCUGAUGACAGACUCUCUCUGCCAGCCAGCGCGGAAUCCACCCCUCUGCAAGAUGGGGAGUAUGCUGCUUUAAAGGCAGAGCUGGAAUUGGACGCCCAGGACAUUGAGGCGGAGUCCUGGAGCAGCGAUGUAGACCCGCAGUUCCUGAAGACCUACCAGAAGGAGGCGAUAAAGAGGCAGGAUGUGAUCUAUGAGCUGGUGCAGACGGAGGUGCACCACGUGCGCACGCUGAAGCUGAUGCUGCGGGUAUAUGCGCAUGCACUGCGGGAGGGCCUGCAGAUGGAGGAGGAGAAGGUGGAGCGACUCUUCCCUCAGGUGGAGAACCUGCUGGAGAUCCACCAGCACUUCCUGCUCCGCCUGAAAGAGCGGCGGCAGCAGGCCCUGGAGCCUGGGAGCGAGCGCAACUACGCCAUCAACAGGCUGGGAGACAUCCUGACCGCACAGUUUUCAGGGCAUUGGGGAGACAGGAUGGUGGAAAGCUACGGAGAGUUCUGCAGUCACUAUGGCGACGCAGUCAGCUUCUACAAAGAGCAGCUCCAGAGCAACAAGAGGUUUCAGAGCCUGAUACGGAAAAUCGGUACCUUGGCCAUUGUGCAGAGGCUAGGGAUCCCAGAGUGCCUCCUGCUGGUCACCCAGCGCAUAACUAAGUAUCCCGUUCUGCUGGAGCGCAUUCUGAACAAUACUGCAGCUGGGACGGUGGAGCAGCAGGAGUUGGGGCGGGCCCUGGUGCUGAUUAAGGAGCUGAUUGGCCAGGUGGACGGGCAGGUGUGCGUGUUCGAGCGUGCUGCGCGGUUGCGUGACAUUGCCAGCCGGCUGGAGUCGCGGUCCGCGGGCCGGAUGAAGGACGGGCGGCUGUUCCGGCGGGAGGACCUGGCGAUGGGCCGGCGCUCGCUGCUGCACCAGGGCGCUGUGGCCUGGAAGGCGGCCUCCGGCCGCCUCAGAGACGUCCUGGCCGUGCUCUGCUCUGACGUGCUGCUGCUCCUGCAGGAGAAGGACCAGAAGUACAGCUUCUCUGUGGUGGAUGGCAAGCCGUCUGUGAUCUCCCUGCAGAAGCUGAUUGUGCGGGAGGUGGCUCAUGAAGAGAAGGCCAUGUUCCUGAUCUGCGCCUCCUCUGCUGAGCCGGAGAUGUAUGAGAUCCACACCUCCUCAAAGGAGGACUGCCAUGCCUGGAUGGCCCUGAUUCGCCAGGCUGUGGAGAGCUGCCCAGAUGUGGAGGAGGAGCUCUUCAGUGAGCAGGAGGAAGCCAGAGCCAUCAAACUGCGGCAGUUCCAGGAGCGGUUGUUGGUGAAAGAUGCGGAGGUUGCACAGGUUCUGUCGGAGAAGCUGCAGAUGUUUGCGGAGCUGACGGAGGCGCUGACGGGGGUGCAGGACACCCCCACCCGCUCCCGCUUAUUGCUGCACUGCGAUUCCUCUGACCUCCAGCAGGGGGAGCAGCUGCUGACGGGGGCCAUCGCUGAGGUGGAGAACCUGCAGGCCUUCCUGUUGGGGGGUGUGAGGGAGGAGAUGCUGAAUAAUGCCUGUGAUGAGGAAGAUACAGCUGUGGAGGGCAUGGCUGUGGAGGGCGUGGCUGUGGAGGGUGUGGCUGUGGAGGGCCUGGAAAGGGACAGGAUCCUGACCUCUGUCCCCCAGCUGAAUGAGCUCAGCGGCACUGACAUCCUGGAGCAGCUGGUUGAUGAGAACGCACAGACCAGGCGGAGCCGUUCUGACUCAAACACCUUUCCUGUGGCAGAGUUUUUUGACAGAGUCCUGAAGUUGUCGCAGAGGCUGUAUACUCUACAGGCGGUCGUGGUGCAGCAGGACUCUCACAUCGAGCUGCAGCGAGCGGCAGCGCUGGAGGGGGCGGGGGGGAGGUCGGGGCGUGGGCGGGGGGCGGGGGGGGCCCUGCUGGAGCAGGAGAAGCAGCGGAACCUGGAGCGGCAGCGGGAGGAGCUGGCGAGUUUCCAGCGGCUGCGCAGCCAGCAGCGGCAGGAGCAGGAGCGCUGGCAGCGCGAGUGUGAGCAGCAGCGGCUGCAGCUGCAGGCCCAGGAGGAGGCGCUGCAGAGCCGGCAGGAGGAGGCGCUGCAGCAGGAGGCGCGGCUGCAGGAGGAGCAGAGGAAUCUGCAGUCCCAGAGGGAGCAGUACCAGCAGGACCUGGAGAGGCUGCGCGAGUCGAUCCGCGCCGUGGAGAAGGAGCGCGAGUGGCUGGAGCAGCAGAACCAGCUGAGGAAGAGCAAGACCAGCCCCGCCCUGCACGCCCUGCACCCCACACAGGCCCUCUUCAAUGGGGAAUUCCCUUUCCCCCAACCCUUCCUGUGCCCCCCCCUGCCCGUUGCCCCUGACGAGCAGGACGAGCGCCCCCCCACAGUACCCCCACGGCGGGAGAGCAUGCUCAACCCCGCCCCCAAGACAGAGCUUCCCAUCCACCUGAUCAGCGCCACCAAUCAGCACAAGCAGGGCGGAGUCCAGCAGCAGAUCCCCACCAAACUGGCCCUGAGCAAGAGCAAGGAGAAGAGGGACAAGAGCAAACACCAGCGCUCUGACAGCUCCGCGUCUGUGGACCUGAGACAUAUCGUGCCGAUGAAGAUCUCGGGGAAAGAUGAUGGCAGUCUGAGAGGAAGGAGGUCUGUCAGUCCUCACCAGAUCUGGCAGCCAGAUGUGUUCCCUGAGCUCCCACCCCCUCCCCCUGCCCACACACCCAGUUUCCAUGGAAACUCAGUCCCCCCACGGUCUCAUAAAGACGUCGGCAGCACCACCAAGGAGGAUGUCUUCUUCUUCUGACCACCACGCCCACCGCUGUGCAUUAUGGGACAUGAAGUCCCAGCAGGAACAGGGCAGGGUGUGGCCUCCUCUGCACUGCUCAGGGGUUUUAAUGCUUCUUUUUUAAAACUACAGCCGUUAAAAGGUUGCCAUGGUGAUUCACAGACUGCUCACCGUUGCUCUGGUCCAGGUGAGAGAGGUCACCUGUGUUGUGAUGAGCCGCAUACGGCUCUGCAGAAAGUUCCAGAAAUGGACGUAUUUGUGUGUAAGUGCAGGUGAGGCUUUAUUAGCAACCAUCCUGUGUGUGACCUCCGGGGCCUACAAUCUGACCUCCGGGGCCUACAAUCUGACCUCCGGGGCCUACAAUCUGACCUCCGGGGCCUACAAUCUGACCUCCGGGGCCUACAAUCUGACAUCUUACUGACCGCUCCAGUUGCUCUAAACGCUGC